CACCAUGUGUUCCUCAAACUCUGAGAAGUACCACUCAUGAUUCAGAAUGUUCUCUUAAGGCCAGAUAGUUGUCACAUAGUCACCUAGACAGGGCUACAGGUUCAGCAGCUGUGAGGCUGAGUCCAUCAACCAAUUUGUCGAAGAAAUGGACACCCAUAUGGACUUGCUGACAGAGCUCCACCUUCUGGAUAAGGUACCUACUCUAGAGCGACUCCGAGCUGCCCAGAAACGCAGGGCUCAGCAGUUGAAGAAAUGGGCUCAGUAUGAGAAGGAGAUGCAGCACAAGAAGCGAAAGCACGAGAAAAAGAGGAACGUUGUCUGCUCCAAGAAGGUGUCUUUUGAGGCCAGCGUUGCAUUGCUGGAAGCUUCGUUAAGGAACGAUAUUGAGGAAGUCUGUUAUUUAUUGAACAACGACUUCAGUCCCGAUCUAUGCAAUGAAGAUGGAUUAACUGCACUGCAUCAAGUGGAAGAAGAAGUUAUCCAUCAGCAGAUAAAAAUGCAAGAGAGUUAA